UGUUUUUAAUAAAUUUUGUAGCUUAAAAGAAAUAAGUAAAUUGUAUUACAAUUUCAUUUGGAGGCGGUGUAAGCCAUGUUUGGACGAAGAAUUGCUUAACGAUCCGAAGAAACAAAGUUGAAGGCAAAACUUAGUUGAAGUGUUGACCAACUACAAACAAGCAGUAUUGGAAUUUACAAUCGCACCAUAACGCUUAACCAAUUCCAAAAUGGUACCCAAAUCUGCUCAAACUCAAAAUCCUUCUUGGUUUACGCCUAAAAGGCUUCUUAUAAUAUUUUGCGUCAUAAACUUGAUCAACUAUGUGGAUCGAGGAGCUAUAGCUAGCAAUGGUGUAAAUGGAAGUCUUGCAACUUGUACUGAUUCUGGCAUUUGUUCUGCCGCUACUGGAAUUCACAUGGUUUUUCACAUUUCAGGGGGGAUUUUAACUUGAACAAUUUUCAAGAUGGAGUUCUGUCAUCUGCAUUUAUGGUUGGACUUCUAAUUGCUUCUCCAAUAUUUGCUUCUCUUGCCAAAAGUCACAAUCCAUUCCGGCUUAUUGGUGUUGGAUUGUCUGUUUGGACAUUUGCGGUAGCUGGAUGUGGCAGUUCUUUUGAUUUUUGGUCUAUUGCAAUAUGCCGAAUGCUAGUUGGUGUUGGUGAGGCUUCCUUCAUAAGUCUUGCAGCACCAUUUAUAGAUGACAAUGCCCCUGUUGCACAGAAAACAGCAUGGCUUGCUGCAUUUUACAUGUGUAUACCAGCUGGAACUGCUCUGGGCUAUGUUUAUGGUGGAUUGGUUGGAAGCCAAUUUAACUGGCGCAUUGCAUUCUGGGGUGAGGCAAUUUUGAUGCUUCCUUUUCCCAUAUUGGGUUUUUUAAUACAGCCUUUGCAGUUGAAAGGUUUUGCUCCUAUGGAAUCGAAGCAGAGACUGACAUCUAUCGAAGAAAAUGGAGAUGAUGGCAUGCUUGCUGAAGAUCAAGCCUUUAUCAGAGGAUCCAGGUUAUCAUCCAAAUUGUGGAAUCAGUUCACCAGAUUCUCAGAAGAUAUGCAGGAGCUUUUACAUGAUCGUGUGUAUGUUAUAAAUGUGCUAGGGUAUAUUGCAUACAAUUUUGUCAUUGGAGCUUAUUCUUACUGGGGCCCAAAGGCAGGAUACAGUAUUUAUCAUAUGAGUAAUGCUGACUUGUUGUUUGGAGGUAUUACAAUUGUUUGUGGGAUUUUGGGGACUUUAUCAGGAGGCUUGAUUCUUGAUAAGAUGAAUUCAACAAUCUCAAAUGCUUUCAAGCUUCUCUUUGGAGCAACAUUUAUAGGGGCAAUCUUUUGCUUGGUUGCUUUCCUUUUCAAAGGCUUGCCUGGUUUCAUUAUUUUCUUCUCCGUGGGUGAACUGCUGAUAUUCGCCACCCAGGCUCCAGUAAAUUAUGUUUCUCUCCGUUGUGUAAAACCAAGUUUGAGGCCGUUGUCUAUGGCAAUCUCUACGGUUUCAAUCCAUGUCUUUGGUGAUGUCCCUUCCGCACCACUGGUUGGGGUCUUGCAGGAUCAUAUUAACGACUGGAGGAAAACAGCUCUUUGUCUAACAUCUGUUUUCUUUCUUGCUGCUGGAAUAUGGUUCAUAGGGACUUUUUUUAAAAGCGCUGAUGAAGAUGUUGAAGACCAAUCUGCCACAACUUCAAGAGGGAAAAGGAAGCCAUUGCUUGAAGGGAGCAGUGAUGCUUCAAGCCAUCUGCAUGCCUAAUUUCUCACGAACUUUUAUUACUAAUGUUAUGCUUACAAUUUGCAAAUGAAAGGAUCGUGGUUUAUCCUUCAAGAGGUAAAAAUCAGUAGCAUCUUUACCCUAAUCAGACAUAUAGAAAAUGGUGCAUGGUGCGUGUGAUGCUUGUUGGUAAAAGGGAUAUAUAUUGGGUAACCUUUAUAUGUCUGGAAGAUCCUGCAGAUGGCUUCAUCUUUUUAUUAUUUCAAAUGGAACGGGAUUGCUGGAUCCACUCAUCAUGAUUGAAUUGUCGUUCGAUGUAAGUAUUGUAAUUCUCAAGUCUUUUUCCAUAAAAAAGAAACUAGUAGUGUAUAUUUGUUAUUCCAUGUAAUUAUUGUAAAGAAAAAGAAAAACUAGCAGCAGAUAUUUUCUGCAAGGAAUGUGUACUUGCCUUUCUUCUUUUCAAUACUAUUCUCCAAGCUUUCAGGAAGAGUCAAAAUGCUUUCUUA